GCUGAAACUGAGUCAACGUCCGAGUAAACGAAGUGAAACUUGGUGGUUUAGACUAAUCGCAAGUUGGGUUUUGAAAGAAACCGCGUUUCCAAAAUGAUCAACUUCAACCAAUGGUUGGUUCUUGUGGUAUGCUCAUUAGCAAUCUUGAAAGCAGAAGGAUUGCUCGUCAAUAUUACAUUUGUUCGAAACGCCGUCGCAAAAGGAGCCGUAUGUUUGGAUGGUAGUCCACCAGCUUAUCAUUUAGACAGAGGUUCGGGAACUGGAAUCAAUAGCUGGUUGAUACAGCUUGAGGGAGGAGGAUGGUGUCAUAAUGUAACAAACUGCAUUAGUCGGAUGCAUACUAAAUUAGGUUCAUCGAAGAAAAUGGUGGAGAAUCUUGCUUUCUCAGCUAUUCUUAGCAACAAGGAACAACGUAAUCCUGAUUUUUACAAUUGGAACAGAGUGAAAGUUAGAUAUUGUGAUGGUUCAUCAUUCACAGGAGAUGUGAAAACAGUGAACCCUGCUACUAAUCUUCACUUCAGAGGUGCUCGAGUUUGGCUAGCCGUUAUGCGGGAGCUGCUAGCUAAAGGCAUGAGAAACGCCGAGAAUGCUGUUUUGUCUGGGUGUUCUGCUGGUGGGUUAGCUUCACUGAUGCAUUGUGACAGUUUCCGAGCUCUAUUACCAAUGGGUACCAAUGUAAAAUGUCUUUCAGAUGCUGGUUUCUUUCUCAACACAAGAGAUGUUUCAGGAGCUCAAUACAUUAAAUCAUACUUCAACGAUGUGGUUACACUACAUGGAUCAGCAAAGAAUUUACCGAGGUCAUGCACGUCAAGAUUGACCCCUGCAAUGUGUUUCUUUCCACAAUACGUAGCUCGCCAGAUUAGAACUCCUGUUUUCGUUCUUAAUGCUGCCUACGACUCUUGGCAGAUUAAGAACAUUUUGGCUCCUCGUGCUGCUGAUCCUGAUGGUAAGUGGCAGAGUUGUCAGCUUGACAUCAAGAAUUGCCAACGAAGCCAGCUCAAAGUUAUGCAAGAUUUCAGGUUAGAGUUCUUGAGCGCAGUGAUAGGUUUAGGAAGAUCUGCAUCAAGAGGGAUGUUUAUAGACUCAUGCUACACUCACUGCCAAACCGAGACACAAACUUCUUGGUUCUGGCAAGAUUCUCCAAUUCUAAACCGAACGACAAUAGCAAAAGCUGUUGGAGAUUGGGUUUAUGAUAAAAAUUUGUUUCGGAAGAUAGAUUGUCCUUACCCUUGUAACCCUACUUGCCACCACAGGGUUUUCACUCCUCAAGAUGCUCCUCCAAUUUAA